AUGGAGGGUUUAAAGCACAUAUAAGAAAUCAUUGAAGGGAACUAGGUCCAAGAGCCUGGAUUAAGACUACAGUCUUUGCAAUAGAACAAUCCAAGCAAUGGUCAUAUAAACCAUAAUGAUGGGUUCUUAAUUAGAAAGCAUUUGGAGUUAAGAAACGGAAAGGUCAAGAGAAUGUCGGCAGACACUGAACAGAAAAAUCAGAUAGAAUACUUUAGAUAUCAUGGAAUUAAAGGAAUUAUUUUAUUUACGAUUGAUACGAUAUUGAACUAUGAGAACUUCUUUGCUAUUGUCUACAUUAUUUUGAAUUCAGUUGCGGAGUUGCAUGUGGAACUCACAAUGUACUAUCCUGUGAUUGCUUUGAUUUUUAACAUUGUGAUAUCUGGGAUCCUGAAUUUCUUCACUGAUUUGAAAUUAAGAAGGGCAUGUAGAGAGAUUAAUAAUAAGGAGUGCAAUAAGUAUGUUAAUUAAAAGAAACAAAAAAAAGACUUUGAGAAAAGAACUUGGAGCACACUCUAACCCGGAGAUAUUAUAAGGGUUACGGAAAAUGAAGAAUUCCCGGCUGAUGUGUUGAUAUUAGAUGUGAUUUCAAAGUCUAAUAAUCAUUAGUGCUUUGUCAGAGGUGGAUCAAUAAAUGAAUGUGAUAAUAACAUCAUCAAGAGAAGUUGCGAAGGCACUUAAAAUAAGACCCCGGGAAUUACUAUUCCUCCGAUGUAAUUUGUUGAUUAGAUAUCUGGGCUUUUGAAAUAUGAAUAUAAUUAUAAUGGAUUUUUCUCAGGAACUUAUAAACUAUAUAAUAAUCCAGCUGCUUUCCAGCUGACAAUGGAAAAUGUUGCUCUACGCGGUUCAUAUUUAGUUUAAACAUAGGCUGUUGUUUGCUUAGUAUUAAAUGUUGGAACAUUGUGCAUGGGCAGUAUUUUUAAAGGAAUUGAUCGUGACAAGGACCAGUUAUUAUCUUGGAAAACAUUUAAAAAUUAGAAAAACUUUGAUAAGAUAUACAAGCCUGUUAGAAUUCUAGAAUGCUUUAUCAUUAUUUUAGCUGUUGGUUUUUCUAUAUUUGUCACAUUUUGGGUAAAGUAUUCAACUAGUUCAAGCAGACAUAAAUUCUUGGAAAAAAUUGUGAGUAAUUAUAAGAAUUCUAUGAUUGAGACUGAGUCCUAAAUACUCUCCAAGGAUGUGAUAGGCUUUUGCUCUGGAUUAUUAGUUUGUUUGCCUUUGAGUUAUAAGAUUAUUCUUGAUAUUAUUGUACUCAUAUAAGCUGAUUUUGUUGAAUAUGAUUACAAUGUUGCUCCAUCUGAUUUAAAAUUUAACCGUGGAAGUUCAAUGAAGGCUCUUGGCAAAAUAAGCAAUUUAUUUAUUUCAAAGUCAGCUCUUAUGAAUCACAAUAUCAAGAAAGUCAAAAUGGUGAAAAUAACUGAUAGAGUUUAUUAAGAUUUGGAAAAGGAAGAUAAAAAUAUUUAAUAGCCAUCAUUCGAUGCUAAUAUUAAUAAUAGAAGUUAAAGUUUUAAUAAUCCAUCAGCUUAAAAAAAGAAAGGAAAUAACUAAUCUGCAUUUUAAUCCUACUCUUAUCCUUUCAAUGUGAAUCAGUCUAAUAACAAGCGUCCUUAAGAUGAAGUUAGCAAUGCAUCCUUCAAUGAUAACCAAGGUACACCGACAAAUAAUUUAAACAGAGACGAUGCUGACUAGAAUGAUACAGAUGAUGAGUUCUUGCUUCCUAAUUAGAUUCAUUACUAGCCAGCCUUUGUAAACUAUUCACUUAAUAGCGACUUGAACUCAAUUUCAAGAGAGAAAUACAAAGAAUUCUUUAGAGCUCUAAUCAUGUGUCAUUAAGCUAACAGGAGAAAAGAACCGAGCUAGUAUUCUAAGUGUCUAUAUAGAAGUCUUCAAGCUAAUGAGUAAGCUUAGCUUAUGUUUGCUCACACAUAUGGGUUUGAAUUUAUCAGAAGAAAGAAUAAGGUCAUAACUAUUAAUUGUUAAGGCGUCAACGAGAGAUAUGAUAUUGUUAUUUUAGAAACAUUCCCUUUAAGAGGCCAAGAUGUUACAGUGAUUAUGAUAAAACCUUAUAUGACCUCUAGCUAAGGAAGCACAGUCUAUUUAAGUGGUCCGAUUAGUUCUCUCUAUGAAUAUUUAGGAUCAAGUGAAGAGGAAUAAUAAAACUUUCUCAGAGACAUGAAGGAAUUUUCGUAGUGUGGAGUGCUUCCAAUAAUUUUUGCAAAGAAAAAUCUUGAUCAUGAGUAAACAUUGGAAUUUGAGAACAAAAUCAGAAGCUUCAGUUCAUUUAAGAAUCCUGAAUUCAAUGAAAACACUCAUUCUAUAUCUGGACUUAAGGAUAUCAUACAUCAGUGUUUAUAGCCAUUCAUGUUUGAGUUGCAAACUCUUGGCACAAUAGGGCUUUAAGAGGUUUUCAAUAUACGUGAUUCUCUUGCAGUUUAAGAUUUGAUAAACAAUGGUAUUAAGGUUUGGAUGUUAUCUAGAGAAGAUGAAGCUAUUUAGAUUAUUAAUAGCAAUGCGAUGAAACUUUUGACUGAGGAAUCGAAUCCCAUGGUUAUAAAUGGAUAAAAUGAAAAAGAAGUUGAAGACUAAAUAAAAAAUUGUAUAAAAACUAUUACAGGAGGCAAAGAAUCGUUUUGCAAAAAUGAGGUAAAGCCAUUACUAAAUAAAAACGAAACUAAAAAGAGUCAAUCUAAUUAAAAUCUAAAUGAUAUAACAUUCCAACAGUCCAGCAAUAAAUAAUAGAUUACAUUUUCAGAUUUAAUAAUUGGCUCCUCUAUCAAGCCUAAUCAGAAAACUGAUCUUAUCAAACAUUUAAAGCAAUUCACAGCGGAUGAUACAUUUAUUAUGUCAAUUAUUGGCUCAUCUGAGGACUAAAAUCUCAUUUUAGAUUCAGACGUUUCUACAUUAGUCUCAAAUGUCUAAAUGAUUUUGAUAGGCAUGUCUUACAAAGAUUGCACAAAUUAAAUUGAAAUUCCUCAUUUGAUUCUUACCUGCACAAUUAUUCUGAAUUUCUUUGGAAUGAUAUUCAUGCUUGAAGAUGAAAACCUUAUUGGUGUUCAAUAGUAUUUCUACAGUCCGAGCGCCUUACUCUAUACACUUUUUGUUCUAUUGUUCUGUUCUUUGAGAAACUACUUAAUAGAUACACUAACUAAAACGGAUGUCAUAAGAAAUAAUGAAAGCUAUAAAUUCUACGAAAGUAUUGAAGAUCUACUGUUCCUUGAAGAAUUCGAAGAUCCUGACCAAGAGUUCAACUUAGCGCAGUAUUAAUCAGAAUACACACGAAUUUAGAAAAUAAAAUAGUAAAGAUAGAUGUAAAUGGUAAACAGAAAUCUAAUGAAAAUUUAGCGGUCUGACUCAAUGGAUCUUAUCAUUGAAAAAUUGAAUUAGAUUUUAUCAAACUAGCAACUCAAUAAAGUUCAGGAUUCAACAAUAUUAAAUUGGCUAAGUUUGAAUUUCGUUGAUUAAAGUAAAGAGAAUGAGUACAUAGAGACUAGGCAGAGAGUAUUAAUUGAUAAACAAAGAAAGGUCUUACUUAUUAUAGUUGCAUUUAAUCUUUUACAAAUGUUUAAAGAGAGUAUCCUAAGUUCCCUCGAUUAUAUAUCGUUCUAUUCCUUUUACUUUUACUUGGGCUAUUUACUUGCUGCUCUUAUUUUAUAUGUAGUGACUCUUAAAUUCCAACAGUAUCUCAGAGCAAUUAAUUUUCUUUUCUUGGUGGUGCUUUUGAUAUAUUAUUGCAUUUUCUAUUAUUACAUUGACAUGAUAGAGUUUAGUCUCUACUUCAACAUACUUAUGAUGGUUUUCACAUUUUACGGAGCUUACUUUAGGUCAGCUAUUUUCAUGGCAUUUUCAUCCUACAUAUUGAUGAGCAUACUUGCGAAUUCUUACUUCUAAUCAUAAGGUGAGAGAUACCUAGCAAGUGCUAACUUUGAAACUUCUAGUAAUUUGUCCAUUAUUUGUCUUGUGAUAUUAUGGUUUUUCUUUAUAGCAUCAUGGUCACUAUAAAUAUACUGGGAUGAAAAAUAUGCCAAAUUAGACUAUUGGUUCUACUAUAAAAAAGUUAAGGAAUCUCAAAACCUACAAUUCAUUCUACAAAUUUUAAUGCCUGCAUUUGUUAGAGAAAGAAUCAGAUAGGGUUAACGAUACAUAGCAGAUGAUUAAGUAGAUGUGACAAUCUGCUUUUGUGACAUUUCUGAAUUUGAUGAUAUUGUUUCAAAAUUAACAGCUAGAGAACUGUGCGAGUGGCUGGAUCAUAUUUAUAAUGCAUUCGAUUAGCUUUGUGAAAGAAAUGGACUUUAAAAGAUAGAGACUGUUGGAAAAACAUAUAUGGCUUGUGGUGGGCUUAAAGAAACCGAGAAAAAAUUUGAUCAGGCAUCUAUAAACUAACAUCACUCAGAGAGAGUAACUCAAUUUGCUUUCAAUAUUCAAAGAUUUAUGCUGACAUAAAAAUUAAAGGACGGUACACCUGUAAGAGUAAAGAUAGGAAUACAUAGUGGCAAGGUAAUUUCAGGUGUCGUAGGAGAUAUAAAACCUUAGUUUUCCCUUGUUGGAGACACUGUAAAUAAAACAAGUAGAGUUUGUGGCUAAUGCCGAUAAGGUAGGAUCUUGCUAAGUAAAGAAACAAGAAAACUUAUAGACAAUGUUUCUAAUCAAUAUUACUAUGAUCAGAUAUCUAUCUUUUUAAAAGGUAUUGGGCAAGAAGAUGCAUUUUAUGUUCAUAAAAAAAAUAGAGGAAACAAUUUUCCAAACCUAUUAUUAGACAGAAAUUAAAAGAAAAAGGAUAGAUCACGAUCAAUAUAAGCAAAUCUAAAAUCUGGUUAAGUAAGUAGAAAUAAAGUAGCUCCUGCUCAAAAUGCAAGAGUUGAGGGAACAGUUUAGGAAGGUAAUCCAGAAACCUCUCGAUCACUUAUCUAAAGUGACGGCGGUAGUCAAAGCUACAAUCCCUUUGCUUUAUUGAAUAGAUCAGGUGUGAGUGACGACCUAGCUGAAGAGGAUUCUGUAUUUCGAGAUAAUUUCUUCCAAAAUGAAGCGAAUGAAAGUAAGAUUUAAAAUGAUGAAGAGAAAAAUCAAGUCUAUAACUUAGUCUAGAGGCCCUCAUAUCUAUUCAAUUUCAAAGAAAAUAGUGCUCUUCAGAUUUAACUUGAGGAGUAAUUCAGAUUCUAAAUGAUUUCUACAAAUAUUGCGAGAAAGUUUAUAUUUUUCGUGACAUUUGCUAUAAUAAACAAAGUCGAAACUGUGUUUACAUAUUUACAUAAUCAACACAAUGAUUGGAGACUCAAGUUUGUCUUCAUCUAACCAGCUGUAAUGCUAUUAUUCGAGAUAUAUCUACUUGUUAUUAGAUGGAAAUUUAUAAAGUUAGAGAAUUUAAAACUAGUCAAUAGAUCAAUGACAAUAUACUUCAUUUUACACCUUUUAAGUGUAAAUAUUGUUCUCUAUAAAAUUGAUCAUGACUCCAGACUUAUCUAAAUUUAUCUAAUAGAAAUAAUGAUUACUUGCUCAUAUAUUUUCUUUUUGGGUUGCUUAUAACUUAGAUAUGCGGUUUUAAUUUACUGUCUAAAUCUUUGCUUCUGGAUAUUUGUGAAUUGUUCAUCUUGGAUGUUUUUGACUGUAAAAAGUUACUCUUACUUCUUUGAAAUCUUUGCAUUUACUUCACAGCAUAUAUUUAUUCUCUAUUUUUAAGAAAUGCAAAGGCGUAAAACUUACAAUAACGACAAAAUGAUUGAGCAAGAUUUGAUUAAGACUAAUAAUCUAUUGAGUAACUUGGUACCUCCUCCUGUGCUAGAAGGUAUCAAGCAUGACUAGAAAGUAGUGGAUGAACUUGAAGAUGUGACCUUAUUAUUUACAGAUAUGGUAAAAUUUACUGAUUUUUGUAGAAAUGUGUAAGAUCCAAAAGAAGUAGUUCAACUAUUAUCGUAGUUAUUUACAAGAUUUGAUUUGCUAUGCGUCUAAAACCAAGUCUAUAAAGUACAUACUAUAGGAGAUUGCUACGUCAUAAUGGGUUAUACAGGACAUAUUCCAUAAUCAGAGAGAACUCCACAGAUUAAAGCAUAGGAAGCAUAUAGAGUGAUCAAGACAGGAUUUGAUAUGAUUGAUGUCAUCUAGGAAGUCAGAGAAACUACUUUAAACAAGGAUUUAAAAGAGUUAGAUAUGAGAAUAGGAAUCCAUACUGGGAAAAUAGUAGCUGGUAUUAUCGGAACUAAGAUAGUUAGGUAUGACAUUUUUGGAGCAGAUGUACUAAUAGCUAACAAAAUGGAGUCAAAUGGUCUCCCGGGAGAGGUAGUUAUUAGUGAAUCAACUAAGGAAAUCCUCAGUAGUAUGCCUGUUUUUCUUGACUCUUUGGUUUUAAAGCAUCAUAAGACUGUUAACUUUGAAUAGAUUAAUCGUAAGAACGUAGAAUCUUAUGUAGUAAGCCCCUUAAUUGAAAAUCAUCAAAAUGAUUAAGAUUAGAGUAGCAGUGGAAGUGAUCUAGAAGAUGAUGAUGAUGAAAUUGAGGAAGAGCCAAAUGAUCGAAGUGAUUUGAUAUAAAACAGUGUCGCAAUGAGUGAAGAAUAAGAAUUUAAUUCAAAACAAUAAAGAGUAUUACUAUAGAAUUAGCAAAACCUUGAAGAAAUAAAAGAGGAAUAAUGA